GACGUUACAACCAAAUCACCGUUUUCCAAAAAUGGUCAAAACCGAAAGUACGGUAAAAUUCAUUAACAAAACGACACAUACAGAUCAAUUUGUUUUAUAGUUAUGUAAGAACUCAACAAACUUGAUAUGCCAAUGUCUUCUCAUUUAGUGGUAGCAGCAAUCGACUUUGGAACAACUUUUUCAAGUUGGGGAUUUUCGUUCAAACAUGAGUUUGAUGUUGAGCCAACAAAGGUCACGGCAAAACAAUGGACAGGAUUACAGUCCGCCAUAUCGUUAAAAGGACCCACAACGAUUCUCAUCAAUCCUGAUGGCCAAACAAUUGAUAGCUUUGGUUUUGAUGCUGAAACCAAGUAUGCUGAACUUGCAGAGGAGCAGCAGCAUAAAGAAUGGUAUUUCUUCAAGAGAUUUAAAAUGCAGCUGUAUGACAAAAUUGGUAUCCAGAAGGAUUUUACGAUUGAAGAUGCAAUAGGUAAAUCUCUGAUGGCGAAGACAGUGUUUACAUUAUCCAUAAGAUACCUUAUAGAUGAUCUUAUGGGCAUGUCAAAGAAACAGGUUCUGGAUGAAAAUUUGACAGAGGACGACGUAAAAUGGGUUUUAACAGUUCCCGCAAUAUGGAGCGAUGUAGCCAAACAAUUUAUGCGAGAAGCUGCAGUAGAUGCUGGAAUAAAGGACAAGUGUCUCACCAUUGCCCUGGAACCGGAAGCUGCAUCUAUUUAUUGUCACUUACUUCCAACUUCAAGAACUCAGGGCUCCCUCGGGAAAUUAGAAAGCGGGAGUAAAUAUAUGAUACUAGAUGCUGGAGGAGGAACAGUUGACAUAACAGUGCAUGAAACAACACAAUUUAAUGAGCUCAAGGAAAUAUACAAGGCUAGCGGAGGAGAUUGGGGUGGCACCAUGGUUGACAAAGCUUUUGAAGAGUUUAUCUCUGAAGUCAUGGGGACAGAUGUUAUGGACACGUUUAAAGAUGAUACCGUAGAAGAGUAUCUGGAUCUGAUGAGAAGCUUUGAGAUCAAGAAGAGAGAAGCCAAACCAGACACACAAGUGACCAUAAGGAUACCCGUUUCUCUGAUUGAUGCCGUAAAGGCAAUUAGAGGUACAUCGGUUCAAACUGUAAUAGCCGAGUCCAAGUACAAGAAUAGUAUACGGUUAACUGGAGACAAACUAAAACUUCCUUCAGAUGUUAUGAAUGGUUCCUUCCAAGAAUCUCUGAGAAAUAUAACAAAUCAUUUAACUAACCUACUUGAUAAACCGGAGUUGAAAGACUGUAAAACAUUGUUAAUGGUAGGUGGGUAUUCGGAGUCGCUUUUACUUCAGCAAAUAUAAAGGAACUAUUUUCAAAUGAAAAUCGUUAUACCAUCAGAUACCGGGCUCGCUGUUUUAAAAGGAGCCGUGAUAUAUGGUCACGAUCCAACUGUGAUUUCACAAAGAGUUUGUAAGUAUACAUAUGGGAAUAAUGGCAGUCAUGACUACACUACAAAUUGCAAACAUCUGCCUACCAAUAAAUCGUUCGAAAAUGGUAUUGAGCGCUGUAAUGAUAUAUUCUACGUGCAUGUUCGAGCUGGGGAUGUCAUUAAGCUAGGAACAGAAUGCAAAACACAACAAUUUUAUCCGCUCGAACCAUUACAGAAGAGUAUAACGUUUGGUAUAUACUGUACAGAAGAGAAAAAUCCUGAGCUAGUUACGGAUCCAGGUUGUGUGAAAUUGGGAAGCGUUACAAUACCAAUGCUUGACACAACUGGUGGAUGUUCUCGAAGCGUUGAUUUGAAUUUUCUGUUCGGCGAAACAGAAAUAGAAGUCAAAGUGAAGGACCCAAGGGAAGGAACAGUACGUGAAGUGAAAGUUUCAUUUUGGGGAUAAAUUUGGAAAUCCGUAGCUACUGAAGAGAGUUUUUGGCCCUUUGACUUUGAAUGAACGAAAUCAGUGUACUUUGUCUUGCGAGUUGAAACAAUGAAAUGUGUACUAUUUUUACCGAUUAUAAGCACGUGCUACUUGCGACUACAAAAACUCGUUUAUCCAUUGUGUAUUUGCUUCGAAUCUAUCUAAUGCUUAAAAAUAAAGUACAUUUGGUUUUUUAAAAUUUCGAUAUUUUCAUUACACAAUAUUUAGGUGUUUAGCUAGAUAUGGAAAAGGUUACCAUCACUUGCGAUUUUAUUGGACACAUUUAGCUUUGAAAAUAAACAUAUCAAAAAAUA